AUGAAGUUCGCCGCCUUAGCCUCUAUUGCUACCUUGGCCUGUGCCCAAGACAACUCGAUUGCGAUCGUCGGGGGCACCGAAACCAAGGUCGGUGCGCACCGGUACUUGGCGGGACUCAAAAGCUCGGCCACGUCCACGUCCAGCUGCGGCGGCAGUCUGAUCGCGCCCAACGUGAUUCUCACGGCGGCGCAUUGCACGGGCAGCGGCCUCACCACCGUCGUCCCAGGCGUAUAUGGCCGCCUCAGCUCCGCCCGCGCCUUCAUCGAGCCGUACUUGGCAAACUCGUCCCCCACGGCUACCCCUGCACCUACGACCACCAAGGUAGGAACCCCUGCACCUACGACCACCAAGGCAGGAACCCCUGCACCUACCACUACGAAGCGGACCACCAAGAGACCUACGACCAAGAAACCCACGACCACUCGUCGUCCCAAGUUUGUCAAUGAUGGGUUUGGGGAUGACGAAGAGACCAACUAA